AUGGGUAAAUCACCUCGCCGGCAAACUUCAGUUAAUUCGCCAAAUAUGGACACCGCUGCUUCUACGUCAUCAAAACCCAGCCAGGGUAGCAGUGCAUCAGCCGCCGUCAAUAUAGCCAGUGAUUUACCAGCCGCCCCUACAGCCACCGGAGCCACCACUCGAUCAUCAUCAGCCGCUGCCAUUGCGCGUCAGGAAAACGUUAUUGCGGCCCUACAAAAACGAAUAGCCAUACUUGAGGUCAGUUUAUCGGCCUCUCAGCCCCAGUCACGUGGUGAAACGCUCAACGUGGGUACAUCCAACAAUAAUGUCGCCGCCGAAGUUCCUUCGAGGAUGGCAACAGAAUUGCCACAAUCGCAGCAGCUAGCUAUUGCCAAAUGUACAGUACCGUUGCCCCAGCCUACCGAUAUCCGUUACACCCCGCCAUUAUUUGCAGCAAGUACCGCUGCUGCAAACUACAUGUACAGCUCAACUAUUUUAGGGAUUGGUACGCCUUCGAUCCACUCUAAUUCAACGGCAGUGCCUACGUUUGUUAAUACAAGUGCCACAUCAACAAAGAAAUCGAGUUUGCCGAGAAAAUUGCGGGAAUUGCCUAAUUUUUGUGGAAAGCCGGAAGAUUGGCCAAUAUUUUAUACGGCAUACAUAGAGUCAAUUGCAAUUUAUGGAUAUCCGUAUAGCAAUUACGAGAAUAAUCAACGUUUAUUAAAGUGCCUGAAAGGAUAUGCGAAUGAAGCGCUGAAGUCACUGCUAAUCCACCCGGACAAUGUCGGUAAUAUAAUUGAUUUAUUAAAAUUUAGAUUUGGGCGCCCUGAGCAAUUGAUCCGCAGCCAGCUGUGUCAGGUGAGAGAAAUUGCACCUAUUUCGGAAAAUGCCAUUAUGAAAAUAAUUCCGUUUACAACGAAGGUAUGUAAUAUUUGUGUAUUUUUACAAUCUGCUCAUGGUGGUGAAUUGCAUUUGUCAAAUCCUACAUUACUCGACGAACUUGUCUCAAAAUUGCCUUUGAGCAAACGUGUCGAAUGGGCCAGCUUUGCAGCUCUUAUGCAGCCACACGCAACAGUAAAACAUUUUAGUGAUUGGCUUUCAAAAUUAGCUAAUAUAAUUUGUACUGUUUGUGAAGACCCUUACAAGGAUUCGAAGUGCCGCAUGGUUCUACAUACAGUUGAGCCGCAACGAUCAGUGAGAUGUCCAAUUUGUCAAGAACAACACAAGAUAGCAGAGUGUGCGCGUUUUAUUGAAUAUUCAGUGCCAAGAAGAUGGGCAGAGGUGAAACGACGUCGUUUGUGUUUUGCUUGCCUCAAUUUAGGCCACUGUACAAGCAAUUGUCAUCGGCGCAAGUUAUGUUCAAUUAAUGGUUGCCGGAGAGUGCAUCAUAAACUCUUACAUGAAGUCGGGGAGAACGUUUCCAACUCGUCAGGACAGCCAACUCCGCCUUUCUCCUCUGCGAAUAUACAAGCUAAUCGUAAGCCUACAUCACCAAGUCGUUCACUCAACAACCAGCAGACAUCACUGGAAGCAAGAUCAGCAGUUCUGAGUUGCAGUUCCACUGAGAGCAAACUCCUCUUCCGAAUUUUACCGGUCACCGUAUACGGAAAUCACAGACGUGUUGAUACAUACGCAUUGCUGGACGAAGGUUCAUCCAUCACGAUGAUUGACAGUGCCCUUGUUCGGGACUUGGGAAUGCAUGGAAGUGAGCAAUCUUUAAAUGUACAGUGGUUCGGAGGACGUGCCGCGCAGGAAUCAACGUUUGUAGUGGACUUAUUCAUCAGUGGCGCCGGUAUGCAGAAACAACACAAGCUCCGUAACGUGUAUGCUGUGUCGAACCUACAGCUUCCUGUACAGAGUUUAAGCAGAGUAGAUUUGGGUCAUGAGUAUAGACACGUAAGCCAACUUCCGGUACAAUCUUACCCCCAAGUCAGGCCUAAGCUAUUAAUUGGUCUCGACCACUGCCAUUUGGGAUUACCAUCGACGACUGUGAAGGUAAAGGAGCACGGACCAUUCAUUGCUAAUACAGAGUUGGGUUGGGUUGUCUUCGGCCCAACAUCUUCUCCACAACCGUCUACAGUAUCGUGUUUAUGCGUGAAUAGUCGAGCUGAUCAGAGACUUCACAAUAUGGUAUCUAAAUUUUUCGAAAUUGAGAGUUUUGGUGUUAGAUUUGCACCACUGAUAGAGAGUGAGAAGGAAAUCCGUGCCAGAGAUGUCUUGAAGUUUUUCAUAUGCCGCGUAGACGGACGUUUUAAAACAGAUCUUAUAUGGAAAAGUGACAAAGUUAAUUUACCCGAUAGCUACAAUAUGGCGUUGAAACGAUUAAUCAAUGUAGAGUGA